CCUAUCAUCACAAGCUAUACAAACAAUAUAGUCGCACUAUUUUUUCUUAGGCAAACUAAUAAAGUUCCAUUCAUACCCGCCCUACUGAGAAGAUUUUCAAGCGGAUAAAGAAGAAGAAACAAACAUGGAAAUGAAUGAGAGUGAGUUGCAGAUAGAGAAAUGAAAUUAUGAAAAGAAUGGAGACAAAAAAAAGGUUACUAUUUCAUGGCCCAGAGUUGCUUAUUUUUCUUUCCUAUUUCACUUGCGUUUUAACAGUGCAAAAACACAGAGACUUGGCUAGCGUCAAGCAGUCUUGAUAAACAUCUUUUUCUUUCGGGCGAGAAGGGAAAACACUUUUAGGGGUUGACGGUACUCCUUUGGAUUGUUUAACGCGGAUCUAAUUCAAUGGGUCACUUAGACUAGGCUUGAUACAUCAAAGAUAGAUUGAUAAAGGGAUGGAAUCAUUAAUUAGCACUUAUUUCUUUCUCUACCUGAAAUUAAGGAUUUUUAAUGUGUCGAUACAAAUAUGAACAAGAAGGGAUCCGCAAUUUUUUCACGGAAUAGUCGAAAGGAAAAAUUAAUACAUCUCAUAUCAUUGGAUAAUAGGAGUUUUGAUGACCGUAUAAACAUGCAAAAUUGGAUAUUUUUUCCAUCUCAUGUCAUGUUAAGGUGGAAAUGUCAGGUCAAAAUUUAACAAAGAAUCAUCCAAAUUCCAAAGAAAUAAUCCAAAACCUGUCAUUUCAUGUAUGUCUUACUCUAUAUGACCUACUGAUCCACUGGAAUUAUUUAGCAGAAAAUAACAAAGACUUACGAAAAUAUGAAAGACAACAUCGUUAUUAGGAUAAUUCAUUUGCAUGGCCUACAAGGAAAAAAAUAGCCAAUUAGCAAGUUUUCCUCGCCUUUUUUAUUUCUUUGUUUUCCUUCUGUAUUUUCCUAGGAAAAUACUCGCUUCGUUUCGUUUUACUUACCCUAUGCUAAAAGUAAAUGUUUCAAUUUAUUUAUCCAAUUUAUGAAAUCAAGAGAAUUUUGUUAAUUUUUUUUCUAUUAGUAUUAAUAACUCAAUAAAGUAAUAAUAAUCAAAUUUAGAAUUUUAAAGCAUCAUUAAUAAGAUUAAAUUAGUAAAAAUACAUCCCUAACUAAAAUUGUCUCAACGGAUGUGCCGAGUCAAUAAGGAUCAAGUAAUAUGAAACUUAUGGAGUAUAUGGCACCAUUUUUAGUGCAAUUAUUCCUAAUCCUUGCACCUUUAAUUUUUCUGGCAUUCUUUGACGAGGUCAACUCUUGGGUCACUGAUUUUUAGUCCUUCAAUCAGUUAACCAUUUACUUAAUUGAUGUAGUUGAAUAGCAUAUUAGUACUACAACUAGGAAUUGGUUGCCACAGUAACUUUCCUCCUUCAUGAUGAUUAAUUACUUGUGCCCUUUAUUUGCUACUACAAAGUUGGCAAUUUACAUCACUCUGCGCUGAAGCCAUUGAAUCUCUCUGAAUAAUAUAUAAUCGAGUUAAUUAUUUAAAUGGUCAUCCAAAUUAUAAUAACAGCGCAAUAAAAUUCUUUUUAUGACAGCACAGAUGUACAUCUUGUUUUCUUCUGAACGUAUUUUCUUGUAUGCAACAGAUAAGGUUCUCUCGAGACUAUACUGUAGUCAGAUUUCUGUGUGUGUGUGAUGCAUUUUUAAUUGGUUCUGGAAUACUGUUGAGUUCAGAUAGAGCAAUCCAGAAUGAAUUUUGGGCGAUUGAAAAACUAGGUAGUAUAAGGAGAGCUUUAAGAGGAUUUGUCAUAGUAUUGUUCAAUGACAAUCGUGGAGUGUCUCUAAUGUAAACAUAAACUUAAUUUCAACCAUAGCAAAUUAAAAAUUAUAACACCAACUGACUUGAGAGUCAACCUUCUUCAAUUCAUGGCAAUUGUUCAGUAUAAUUGUUCGUUUGGUCUGCAUACCAAAUAUUACAGAAUUUUUGCACAACACCACACCAUGUUAACUAGUGCUAUAAUUUCCUUUCUCAUCUUGCAUCUCAUAACGGCCACUAUUUCUGUCGCGCCAUCACCGUACAAUGCAACAGUCCAUUUCUUGCUAAACUGUGGAGCACCAUCAGUCUCAACGGACGAAUCUGAUGGCCGUCGAUGGGAUACUGAUAUCCACUAUCUGAAUUCCUUAACCUCCAACAGUUCAAGCAUAUCCACACCAGCCAAAGCCUCUGAACAAGAUUCUUCAGUUUCUAGAGUCCCUUAUAUGAAUGCUCGUAUUUUCAAAUCGAAAUUCACAUACACUUUCACUGUUUCCUCUGGCACCAAAUUCCUCCGUCUCUAUUUUUACCCGGCCGAUUACGCUGGCUUCAACAAAUCUGAAUCUUUUUUCUCUGUAACAGCUAAUCAGUUUACCCUCUUGAGUAACUUCAGUGCUUUCCUCACAGUCUCUGCAAGUAAAGCGAUUCGAAAAGAAUUUGUCAUUAACGUUGAUGAAACUCAGCUUCUCAAAAUAACUUUUUCUCCUUCAUCACCCAUCUCUUAUGCUUUUGUUAAUGGGAUUGAGAUAGUUUCCAUGCCAACUGUUCUUUACAUCCACGGAGACGUCAAAUUGCCGGGGCAGAUUUACAAUUUUAAUUACGAUAUCGAUAACAAUACUGCUCUCGAGACUCUGUACAGGCUGAACGUGGGAGGCAAUUUGGUUUCGAGCACAGGGGAUACAGGCAUGUAUCGGGUAUGGGAUUCAGAUGAAGACUUUGUUGUUGGAUAUGGCUAUCAAACUCCACAUUUACAUGUCAACAUCACUUACACUAAUAAAACCCCGGCUUAUACUGCGCCAAACAUAGUUUACACAACCUCUAGGACCAUGGCCAACUACAGCCAGAGCCUGGAUUGGAUAUUCCCUCUAGAUUCUGGGUUUUACUAUCUUUUCAGGCUCCAUUUUUGUGAGAUUCAGCUGGAAGUUAUGGAACAAAAUUAUCGGGUUUUUGACAUAUCCAUUGGAAACCAAACGGCAAAGCGACUAGUUGAUGUAAUUCAAUUGAGUGGCGGCUGGAGAGUCCCGGUUUACAGAGACUACGUGGUGAAUGUUACUACUAACCCAACUGUGGGAAGAAACAAGCAAAAUGUGUCGCUUGAAUUGCGUCCUAACUUGGAAAAUAAAUCAGUAUAUGCUAGUGUUAUCUUAAAUGGAUUAGAAAUUUUCAAAUUGAGCGAUCAAUAUGGAAAUCUGUCCAUGCCAAAUCCUGAAUUUCCCUCAGAAGCAAAUGGAAAUCUGGCCACCUUGAGUCCUGAAUUUUCCAGAGAAGCUCCAAUCAUUUCACCAACUUCUCCAAACAACAAUAAGAAAAGACCAUCGCACGUCAUUGUUGUUAGCAUUGCAGGUGUAAUCAGUGGAAUUGCUGUUUUUUCAAUUCUGAGUUUCUUAAUUUCCCGGCAUCGAAAUAGGGGAAAUGAUUCUGGUCCCCCCCAGUCAUCAGAGUCCACGCAAAAUACAGGCAGCUCAGGCUCAUCCGAUAUGUGUCGACACUUUUUAGUUGAAGAGAUAAAAACAGCAACGGGCAAUUUUGAUGAGAAAUUUGUGAUUGGCUGUGGAGGUUUUGGUAAUGUGUACAAAGGGUACGUCGACAAAGGUAAAACCAUAGUUGCAGUCAAGAGAUCGAAUCCUUCAUCAAAGCAAGGGGUUCGCGAGUUCCAAACAGAGAUUGAGAUGUUAUCAUCAAAAUUAAGACACCGACAUCUGGUGUCCUUAAUUGGUUAUUGUGAUGAUAAGAAUGAGAUGAUCUUGGUUUAUGACUACAUGGCUAAUGGAACCCUCCGCGAUCACUUGUACAAUACUGACAAUGCUCCUCUUCCAUGGAAGAAACGCCUCGACAUUUGUAUUGGUGCAGCUAAAGGAUUAUAUUACCUUCAUUCAGGUACCAAACAUAUGAUCAUUCACCGAGAUGUUAAGUCAACUAACAUCCUAUUGGACGAUAAGUGGAUCGCCAAGGUGUCAGAUUUUGGAUUAUCCAAAGUAGGUUCAUUUGGUGGGCUAGAUGUUACCCAUGUUAGCACUGCAGUGAAAGGAAGUUUUGGGUACAUGGAUCCUGAAUACUACAAACGUCAACAAUUGACAGAAAAAUCAGAUGUUUAUUCCUUUGGGGUGGUUCUGUUUGAAGUGCUAUGCGCUAGGCCGGCAAUAAAUGCAAACUUGCCAAGUGAGCAAGUGAAUUUGGCCGAGUGGGCUUGUAGAUGUUAUAAAAAAAGAAAUGUUGAACAAAUCAUUGAUCCUAACUUGAAAGGACACAUUGCCCCAGAAUGUUUAAGCAAGUUUGCAGAAUUGGCAUAUCAUUGUUUGAGGGAGCAAGGGGUGCAAAGGCCAUCAAUGGGUGAUAUUGUUAAAACUUUAGAAUUUGCAUUACAACUCCAAGAGGGUGCAGAUAAUAGAUGUCAUCAUGACGUGAAAGGAUGCAUAUUACCCGUUGGCCCUUCUUUUCCCUUGACUAUGUACGGUCAUGCUAAUACAGCGACUGAGAUUUUCUCAGAUUUAAGUGAAGUUGACAGAAAGUUGACAAGUAAUGGUAUAUCCAUGUCGAUCAGUAGGAAUGCCAAAUUGAAGAACGUCACCAUUUUCUCUGAGAUUGUGAAUCCAUUGGGUCGAUGAUAUCCAUGUCAAAAAGUAAUGCUACAUCCAUGAUUAAGAACCUGAAUUGUUGGGUGGAUGAGAUUGUUAUAGCUGUUUCCUGCCUCUCUUUUUUUUGGUGAAAUAUAAGUUCAGGAGUUUAGUAGUCAACCAACUGAGUUAUUAAGAUUCCUCAAAACCAAUGUGCAGAAUGUUUUCUUGCUGUCUACUCUUAAUUGCAUAAUACCCACAUAAUAAAGUCUUCAGUAAAGUUUUUUCUUAGCUAUAAUCAAGUUCCAUUGUAAGUUGUAACAUAAACUACUAAUGUCGAGAUAGUAAAGUUAGGUGGUUAUGGGAA